AUAUUUAAUUUCAAACCAUAAGUACUUAGGGAACUACAUUGAAAAAUGGAAUACAAUAAGAAAUACCCACUUACCAACCCAACCAAAAGCAAAACUUCAACUAUAUUUGAAAUUGGAUUGAUCACAGAUUUAGAUAAAGACGCAAAAGUGGUACAAGAUGGAAAUACAGUUUGGAAAAGUUUUUUAAGGAAAGGAACUUUGGUGUAUGAUUACGCGACAAGAAAAGUGGACAUUAAGUUGCAGAAUGUUGAAGCAGCAACUGCUUUAAUUUCAGAAUAUUCUAGAGGUGGACGUGGUAUGGAACUUUCGGAACUGGUUGUCUACAACGGAGAACUUUACACGGUUGAUGAUCGGACUGGCAUCGUGUUCCAUAUUGUAGAUGGGAAGGCAGUACCUUGGGCGAUAUUGUCAGAUGGAAAUGGAAAAGAGCGAGGAGGAUUCAAAGGAGAAUGGAUGUCAAUGAAAGAUGAAAAAUUGUACGUUGGUGGCCAUGGAAGAGAACUUAUGAGCAGAGACGGAAAAUCGAUUGUUAAUAAAAACUACCAAUGGGUUAAAAUUUUGAAUCAAGAGGGUGCUGUUGUCCAUGAAAACUGGGCUUCACAUUACGAUGCAAUGAGAGCCGCUGCAGGCUGUGAAUAUCCGGGAUAUUUAGUUCACGAGUCUGGUGUCUGGAGCGAGAAACACAAGCAAUGGUUUUUCCUGCCUCGUAAAGUCAGUAAAGAACCAUACCAUUAUAAACUUGAUGAAAAGAGAGCUGGCAACAUUAUGCUGAGAUGCUCUGCGGAUUUUUCAGAUAUUCAAGUAGUAAAAAUAGGAGAGUUGAAACACAACACACGUGGAUUUUCAACCUUCAAGUUCAUCCCUGGAACAGAAGAUUCCGUGAUAUUGGCGAUCAAAUCAGAAGAAGUUGACGAUGCCCAAAGAUCUUUUCUUUUUGUGUUCACUGUAGACGGAGAAAUACUCAUGGAUGACAAAGAAUUUUCUACUACAAUGAAAUACGAAGGAAUCGAAUUUAUAUAAAAUUUUUAACAACGGGAGCACUUUUGCAAAGAUAUAAUGGGAUGAAUUCCUAAAACUUUUUCAACCAGUCCUAGUUCUAUUACCUUUCCAUAGCACCUGUACAGCAAAAUUUUUGUUAUGUUGGACUAAUAAUACUUUUGGUUAAAAAAAACUGUGAUUUAUUGGUAGGUUACAUCAACAUAACUAUACUAGUUACUUACAGUAUGAGUGUAAUUUUGUGAAUUUUUGUGAAUGUUUUCCCCGUAAUUUUUUGACUAUUCACUCCGUUGUUUUAUGUGCGGAUGCAGUAAUAAUAUUUUAAUGAUGUUCAUCUCCCAUAUUCUUCCGGCAAUAAAAUGCUACUGAAUUAGUGAAUGUGUAACUGAACGCGUGUAUGCCUGGCAUUUUCAUUUGUUGAAAAUAAUAAAUUAACAUAAAUGAG